AUGACAUUUCGUUGUUUCGACGCUAUCAUCUCUCUUCACCCAAGAAGACCCCGAACAGAGUCUGAGCUAACACACACACACACACAAAAAACACAAAGAAGCCGAAGAAAGUGUAAACGAGGAUGUCGUGGCAAGUGUACGUGGACGAGCACCUCAUGUGCGAUAUCGAAGGCAACCAUCUCACCUCCUCCGCCAUCAUCGGCCAAGACGGCAUCGUCUGGGCCCAGAGCGCCUCCUUCCCUCAGUUCAAGCCUGAAGAAAUAACUGCAAUAGUGAUUGACUUUGAGGAACCUGGUUCACUUGCUCCAACUGGCUUGUACCUUGGUGGCACAAAAUACAUGGUGAUACAGGGCGAGGCAGGAGCUGUCAUUCGAGGGAAGAAGGGACCUGGAGGUGUUACUGUUAAAAAGACAAAUCAGGCCUUGAUCAUUGGUAUCUAUGAUGAACCAAUGACUCCAGGCCAAUGCAACAUGAUAGUUGAAAGGCUUGGUGAUUAUCUCAUUGAACAGGGUCUUUAAUUGGUUUGGUACGUUUAAUGACUUAUUUCAAAUUUUCUUAGCCUCUUUACAGGCUUGCAUCCAUAUAUCUGCUGUUGGAAUGGUUGCAGUGAUAUAAUAAUACAACAAGUAUAUGAGGUUGUGGAGAACUCCUUGUGUUAACAAUUGGUGUUUGGUGCUACAGAAGUGAUUGGAUUUCAUCUCUUCCUGAAUUUAUGUUUUAUCUUUUGUACUCUCUUUAUGAGAAGUGUUAUGGUUGGCUUGAAGUGCAGUACUUGUCUGCUUAUGGUUUUCUUUUCUUUCUUUUUUCUUUUUCUUUUUAUUUUUGGUGGAUAACUUAAUUGAUUGACAUCUUUCACAAGUAUAAUAUCUGGUUUGUGUGAUAAA